UCCGCUCUGAACUCGCUUAGACUUUCCGGCGGUGUCGCUUCUAUCGUUACGAUCGAGUGAAUUCAGGAUGAAAUCAUUUUAUCAGAUAUUUGUUUUCCUGUCAUGGCUGCGGUUUGCACAUGCGUCGAAGAUCAAAGAAGUGCGGGGAUAUGUAGGAGGAAAAGUGGACAUCGACUGUCCGUAUUCAGCCGAUUACUUACACUACGCCAAGUACUGGUGUCGCCAUCCCUGUAACGAUGUUCUUGUUAAAUCUGAGAAGUCAGACACCUACAUUUCCAAAGGAGGAUUAUCUCUGUACGACAAUCCUAACGGACUGUCAUUCAGUGUCACCAUAAACAGACUGACUCUGGAGGAUGCUGGGGUGUAUUACUGUGGAAUAGACAAAUGGUGGAAAGACAUAUACACAGAAGUUCAUGUCAAGGUCAGUGAAGCUUCUCCAGCUUCUGCUGUUGUUCCCCAAACUGAUCCAGCAAUGAGGCUGUUAACUCUGCCGGACCGAUCCAUGCUGGUCACACAGCGCCAGGUCACUCAGCUCUCCACAGAUCCUGCUGCUGCCAUCGUGAUUAACCUACAGAGCGUUACUGUGGAGAAAGCCAACCAUUCCACAGGCCAUCUGUCCAUGGACAAACCUGUUAGUAGCACAGUUUUGCUUGGAUCAACCUUUGGGCUGCUGAUGUGCUUCCUGCUGGUGUCACUGGCUUAUCUUUCAAAACGAUUAACGUCAAAGUCACAAGAAUCAAAUUCUUUGGAUUUAGCUGUCCCUGUUCACAAUGUACAGGACGGAGCGGACCGUGGCCAUGUGUAUGAUGAAGUUGCACUGCAUGACCCUGCUGAUCUUCCCCAGAUGGAUUCUCCUGAAAUCUACCACAUGCUUUCAUUCAGCAGUUCUCACCUAGAAAUGACAGAAAACUCCCUCUACUCUCUUGUCGAUUUCUGACUGGCUGCAGCAAAUUAACCAUUUCCAGGCCGCAUGUGUGAGCUGCUGGCUAUGUAUUCUAUUCUGUCUGCUCUGUGUGCCUUGGGGUAGCGUGUGCAUGUGUACACACAACCACUAGAGGGCACUCUGUCCUAAAAUCAUAAACUUGGCAGAAAACUGAUUUAACCAAACCAGUUAUGUUUGAUAACCUGAUGUUUGAUACCCUGAAAAAACACUUUGUUCUAGAUGUUGUCUGCAGUCUUUGUGUUUCUUAUUCUAAUGCCUGAUUUAGAAAAUAUGGCUUUGGCCUGUAUACAACUGCCAACAAGCUAAUCCAGAUCACUGGAUCAAGCUGAUCUCUUCCCAGAACGAUAGAUGCAUUCAUAUUUUCAUGUCUUAACAUAAUAUGAUAAUACUUUCAUAAAUAAAAAUAAUUUAUUUAUGGGUUAUUUUUAUUUUUCAUUUAGCUAUAUGUGAAUGAGGUGGUAUGUCGCGCACUUCUGUGAUGUCUUAACUGCAUAAUCAAAGUCAUUCUCUAUGACAAGAUUACGGCUCUGGUCAAAUGGUACGCUUUCCGGAUUUUUCUUCAGUGUCCGAGAUUGGAUAUAGGCUUCAAAGUUUAUUGGGAUUCUUAAUUAUUUCAUAUACUAUUUGUAGUAAAUCAUCACCAUGCCUUCCCAGGUCUUCGUAAAAUUAUUGUAUUUUCUCCAAUUUACAUAUUAUAGCCAGCUGAGUGCGGAGUGGUGAGUAUAUUUUGGCUGCUCGGUCAGCACAGUUACAAGUAGUGAAGUGGAGAGUGAAGGCCGAAUGACUGCAGAGCCAAAUGAACUAGGUGAAGGUGAAGACUAUCGGUACAGAACUAAACAAUAAGAAUAUUGUGAUAUUAGUCACCUUUGUGCUGUUACGAGUGAUUUAAAACUGAGA